CAGCUAUCUCGACAUCGGAUCUCCACUGUGAACCACUGGUCUCGCCAGCUGGGUGUCUUCACUUUCAACAUCCUCUGCCAACACCUGACAGCCAUCUCACUGCCACCAGGUGUUACUGUCGCCAAAGGUGGCGUGACACAUGGAAAUGCCGACGCUGUGUUAGUCCGUCUGCCUGACAUGUCUGUUUACCACAACUUUUCCACUCAAAACCUCCUCUCUGAAAUACGUCCUGAAAUUAUCCAGGAGUAUUGGUUCCGCCUUCUUCACCUCUUCGGAAAUCCGGUUGAUAUUUGUCACCCGAGUUUGGUGACGCAUACUGCCGUCUUUGAACAGUUUCGCCACUCGCAGGGUGCCUCAAGGUGUCGCAUCACAGCUGCCUUCUUGCCAACUAUCUUCCAUCAGGCAAUUCGCUCUCUCGCUAUGGUCGUCGAUCUCUUUCUGGGCAUCUCUCCCAGCCUCAGUCUCCUACCCACCUUCCUUGGCGUACCCAUUGAUCUUUAUGGGCCCAUCGAUGUGACGGAACACUUCCGUUACGCCUCCAUUCGAACUCCGGAGGUCUUUUCUAGUGCAGACCCUAUUAGUAAGUCCCUGUCUGCACGCUCUCAUUACAUUUUGCAUCCGUAA